AUGUACAAGUAUUCGGCUGUUCUAAUACUGGCGCUGUUGGUUGCAACAGAGGGCCAUGAUUUUGUUGCCCAGAGCCAAUUCCAUUCUCAAGCCAGGAAUGCCGUCACUCGUAACUGGGAAGGCCUUGGUCUAACAGCAGAUAUCAACGUAUACGUCGACAGCAUGAUUGAUACAUUGGUUCCGUUCAUGAUAAAACAUGACCUUGAUCCUUUAAGUAUUCCCGACAUCGAAGAGACUUUUGAAGUUAGACCAGUCCUUAUUACCUAUAGAGCGAGUUUGGGUCUUACUAAUGGCAAAAUGAGCGGCUUAGUAAACGUGGCUCGUUCAGGAGAUCAGUUGGUGCAUUACUUCGCAAAGAUGUUGCGUGCCCAGGCCAAAUUUAAAUUUACCGAUCUUGAGUUCGAUUUCGAUUAUCGCGUGAAAGUAAUGAACAUCGGACCUACUGGUCGCAUCAGGGGUUCUUUGUCUCAAUUCGUGAUAAAUGUUGAUCUCAUCAUCGACUUCAACAACGAUGAGAUUCAUCUUCAAGAGCUUUAUCUAACUGACGUUGGUGUUAUUCGAGUGAGCCUUUCUGGAAACAUUCUCUACGAUUGGUUGGUGACUCCUUUGGCAAAUGUGUUCGUGCGUCUUUUCGAUAAUGUCAUCAUGGGAUUCGUUGAAACCACUGUUAAAAGCAUUGCUGGUUCCGCUAUUGCUGAAGUCAAUGUCAACUUGAAACAAGUAAUCCGCGAUCUCGAAGCAUUGAACAAUUGA